AUGGCAAAAUUUGACUUGAUCGUUACCAAUGGGCAGGUGGUCACUGCCGCCGAUAUUAGUAAUUGCUGUAUUGGCAUCAAAGAUGGCAAGAUCCGAACGCUAGCAGAAAGCUUCACGGACGAUGAGUUGGAGGGCGCCCAAAUAAUCGAUGCCCAAGGCGCCUAUGUAAUGCCAGGCGGCAUUGAUGCCCAUGUGCAUCUUUCUCAAGAUCUGAAGACAGGAGCUCACGGUCUAGGGGGCGAAUGUGCCGAUAACUUUGAGACUGGUUCCAAGAGUGCCGCAGCAGGCGGAACCACGACGAUGAUUACUUUCGCAACUCAAAGUCGAGCAGAAGAAGACAAAAGUCUCAUUGGCGUUGUCAAAGCUUAUGAUGCGCGUGCUGAGGCAACAGGAAGCUAUAUUGAUUAUGGAUACCACAUAAUCAUCGUUCGGAAUGAUGCUGAUGUGUUGGAAGAGGAGAUUCCUAUUCUGAUGAAUGAUUGGGGCAUCAGCAGUUGCAAGGUCUUCUUGACUUAUGAACAACAGCGUAUGACGGACUCGCAACUUUUAGAUGUUAUGUUUGCAGCCAAGAAGAAUUCAAUGACUACGAUGGUCCACGCCGAGAACGGUGAUAUGAUUCAAUGGCUGACCGACAAGCUGGAGAAAAAGGGGAUGGUUGCUCCAUACUACCAUGCUCUAUCGCGCCCUCCUGGGGUUGAGGGUGAGGCUACCAACAGAGCAAUUGCUCUAGCACAACUGGUUCAAAACCCAAUCCUCUUCGUUCAUGUUGGAUCGGCACUUGGUGCCAGGAAUGUUCGCAAAGCGCAAACAAUGGGCCUCCCUAUUUAUGCGGAGACAUGCCCACAAUAUUUCCAUUUGACUUGGGAGGACCUGAAACGGUUCCAUUCUCCCACUUGUUUUGAAAACAGCAAGAUGAUUUGCUCGCCGCCACCACCUCCAGAUACAACAGAUCAAGAGGAACUAUUUGUGGGUCUUGAAAACGGAACUUUCACCAUCUACUCAUCGGAUCACUGCCCCUUCCGAUACGACGAUCCAAGAGGUAAACCAGCAGGUGUGCUCGAACACGCCGAGAGCAUGGAAGGCGAGCAUCACUGCACAGGUGAUGAGUUGCAGAGUCUUCUUAAACGCAAACAAGGCUCGUUCCGCUUGAUUCCUAAUGGUAUUCCCGGCAUCGAGACUCGAUUGCCACUUCUUCAUACUGGAGCAUUAGCCACUGGUCGAAUCACUCCUCAGAAGUUUGUGGAGCUGACAUCUACCAACCCGGCAAAAUUGUAUGGACUUUAUCCCAGAAAGGGUGCAAUUAUGCCUGGUUCCGAUGCCGACUUGGUCAUCUGGCAUCCAGAAGGUUCCUUUGAGGGAUUCGAGCUGACAAACUCUAUGCUUCACCAUAACGCUGACUAUACUCCUUUUGAGGGAAUGAAGUUCUGCAACUGGCCUCGGUAUACUAUCUUACGAGGUCAAGUCAUUUGGGCCGAUGGCAAGAUCCAAGGCAAGCCGAGGGAUGGCCAGUAUUUGAAGCGUGGUCCCAGUAAACUGGUACGGGGAGCUUCUAAAGCGACUCAAGAUCCUCGACACGUCGCAACAUGGCUUUAUGAGUAA